AUGCCCAAACGCAACGAAUCCCACUCCGACCUCUACAGUCGGCUCUUGUUCUCCAAGAAACUCGGUUACCCGCUCUACAAUCCUUGCCUUUCAAGUGACCAUUCUCCUGCACGCAUAGCCGCUGGAGUGCAAAUUGGUGAUGUUGGCGUUGUUCGGCGGGACGGCUCUUUUGACCCUAUCUUCAAUAUUCUCGACUCCACCUUAAACCCGACGACAUUCCCAGACGAUUUCCAACCUCUUGCCAAGCUAUCAGCCGCCCAAGCAAACGACAUUGCCAAACAAACGGCGUACUACUCCAACAACCAUAAAGUUUCUACUUUGGAGGAGCGCAAUGCCAGCUUGAGUCUGGAGGCGAAUUUAAGUGGUACAGGCCUUGGGCUCCCUGGUGGUGCCAACGCAUCGAUUGAAUUCACUCGGAACUCCAAACACCAGGCCAUCCUGGUUCUUCCUGAGGGUGGCUCCGUAUAUGAGCAUCGGGCUCUGACUGCUUUGGAGCAGCAUGCGAGAGCUAACGCGCAAGUUUGGUACUCGUUCGUCCGGGAGACACUAGGACAGAAGAUCAACUAUGGCGAUCUUUACCUCGUCACCCAGGUCCGGAAAGCUACAAGUUGGCGAAGGACUGUGGGCUUCCGUUCAGAAGGCGACAAUAAGGUCAAAGUCGGGAUAAACGCUGCUGCUAUCGGUUCUGCGGCUUUCGGACUGGGACACAAACACAAGAUUGGUCAAGUCGUUUCCGAGGGCGAAUCCGCAAGCAUUUUAUCAACAAGGUCAUACCCUGUCAAAGGCGCGACGGAAACGUCCGAGACGGUUGACGUUGCUUCCACCUCUUCCAAGUUGGCCCCUCCCGAAAACCAGACGAUAUUUUUUUCUGGUUUCAAGAUUAUGGUCCGACCGAAUGUACAAGGAGGCCUCGUUGGUACGGCAAAGGACAUCUCAGACAACAAAUGGACGGAUGUAAGGCGUGGCGCCAGCUCAUUCUGGAGCUCUGUGAUGGAGUUCUUGCUAUCUUGCUGGUGUCUUUCUCCAUCAGAACAUAAAUCUAAUCGUAUGCAAACUGCCCGAAACCACCCAUCGGACGCCCUCAACAACCACAUCUUGGACAAGUAUCCAGAUGCACUAGCCGCCGUUACUCAUGACUGUGUCUGGGCUGAAAUCCUUCAGAACGGAGAACAAGUUCCGCCGCCGCCGUAUAAGCAACUCGUUGAACGAGUACUGCAGAAGUUCAAGAUCGAUUCCGAAAAUGGCAUGUUCUUUACUCGACCAGAAGAUGGAAGAAGUUUAGAUGCACUUGUUCAAGAUCAGGCCCAUGCACGACAAGAGACGGAGUCGUUCCUCUCGUCUCUCGAAGAAGCGAAAACCACCCGAUCUGUCCGCACAGUCAGUUUCAGCCAGAGUGUACUGUUAGAGCGAGACCGUCGGUCUAUUGGCAAUAUCCCUCACACGCCUCUCGAAUCACCCGACGACGAAAAGGAUAUACGGGACGUCACCAAUACUUCGGAAGACAAACAGCCAAUGCCAGGAACCUACGUUGAACCUGACGCAGGCCCACCCGUCCCUCUUAAAUCCAGUUCUAUCGAUAAGCGCCGACCGUCACUCUCAACCGUUGCCCCUCGCUCCUCGUCUUUCAGCGAACGCAGUCAUCGGCGUGCAUCUCGUUCACCGACUUCGUUAACCCCUCCGCCAUUAACCAUUCCGUCUGUUACAGAAGAAUCAAACGAAGCCAAUCCGAGCUACUUCCCAGCAGCCAUGGCGGAUUCUCCGGUCGAUGACCAAGCAACACCUGAAGCUGAGCCGGAUGGCGCUAAUCUGGCGGGGCCUGCCAGUGAAGCAGCUACAACCCAUCAACCAGAAGCUACAACUCAUCAACCAGAAGCUUCACAGGCGAGGAAAGAUAGCAAAGGCCACGAAAACUCCUGGGAUAGGUUGUGGAAAGGCCGUCGUUUCUCGAGUCUGUAUUCAAAGUAG